UCCCGGCGCGGGGAGGGGCGCGUGCGGGGGAGCGGAGCGCAGAGCAUCUUUCGGGCUCGCCGCCGCCGCGCUCCGUCCCCGCUCUCCUGUCGCCUCCCCCCGCCGGUAGCCGGGCCGUUCCCUCCUUCCCUCCCUCGACCAUGUCGUCGCCGUCGUCCGGAGAGCGGUACGAGGAAGAGGAGGAGGAGGAGGAGGAGGACGGCGCCUACGAGAGCCAGGCCAAGCGGCUGAAGCCCAGCGCCGCUGCCGAGGAAGGCGAGAUCGAGUACAGCGGCGCGGAGGAGAGCGAGAGCCGGCGGGACAAGCCGGCCCCGCCGCGCGGCGGGGGCUUCUCGGGCGGGGAUGCUGGGGGAAGUCAUCACAAAGUCUCUGUUUCUCCUGUCGUCCAUGUCCGAGGGCUGUGUGAAUCAGUUGUGGAAGCAGAUCUUGUGGAAGCUCUUGAAAAGUUUGGAACCAUAUGCUAUGUCAUGAUGAUGCCAUUUAAGCGCCAGGCUCUGGUGGAGUUUGAAAACGUAGAAAGUGCAAAGAAAUGUGUAACGUUUGCAGCAGAUGAACCUGUAUACAUUGCUGGACAGCAAGCCUUUUUCAACUACUCAACAAGUAAGAGGAUUACUCGGCCAGGGAACACUGAUGACCCAUCUGGUGGAAAUAAAGUUCUCCUGUUGUCAAUUCAGAAUCCUCUCUACCCAAUUACAGUGGAUGUCUUGUAUACCGUGUGCAACCCUGUUGGAAAAGUUCAGCGCAUUGUUAUAUUCAAGAGAAAUGGAAUACAAGCUAUGGUUGAGUUUGAAUCAGUGUUUUGUGCCCAGAAGGCGAAGGCUGCACUCAAUGGAGCAGAUAUCUAUGCAGGAUGCUGCACACUAAAAAUUGAAUAUGCAAGGCCAACUCGACUUAAUGUCAUUAGAAACGACAACGAUAGUUGGGACUACACUAAGCCGUAUCUGGGCCGACGAGACAGAGGGAAGGGUCGCCAGAGGCAAGCUAUUUUGGGAGAGCACCCAUCAUCAUUUAGACAUGAUGGUUAUGGGUCACACGGUCCUUUGUUGCCAUUGCCAAGCCGGUACCGAAUGGGAUCUCGGGACACUCCAGAACUUGUUGCUUAUCCGUUGCCCCAGGCAUCCUCUUCUUAUAUGCAUGGUGGAAAUCCUUCUGGGUCAGUUGUCAUGGUUAGUGGGUUGCAUCAGCUAAAGAUGAACUGUUCAAGGGUCUUCAACCUGUUCUGCUUGUAUGGAAACAUUGAGAAGGUGAAAUUUAUGAAGACUAUUCCAGGCACAGCACUGGUUGAAAUGGGUGAUGAGUAUGCUGUGGAAAGAGCUGUUACACAUCUCAACAAUGUCAAGUUAUUUGGAAAGAGACUUAAUGUCUGUGUUUCCAAGCAGCAUUCAGUAGUUCCAAGCCAGAUAUUUGAACUGGAGGAUGGCACGAGUAGUUACAAGGAUUUUGCAAUGAGUAAGAAUAAUCGUUUCACCAGUGCUGGCCAAGCAUCUAAGAACAUCAUCCAACCACCCUCUUGUGUGCUGCAUUAUUAUAAUGUUCCCCUGUGUGUAACUGAAGAAACAUUUGUAAAGUUAUGUGAGGAUCAUGAAGUUCUCAGCUUUAUUAAAUACAAAGUGUUUGAUCCAAAACCUUCUGCCAAAACACUGUCUGGUCUGUUGGAAUGGGAAUGUAAGACAGAUGCAGUGGAAGCUCUCACUGUACUUAAUCACUACCAGAUAAGAGUCCCAAAUGGCUCCAACCCUUAUACCUUGAAGCUUUGCUUCUCUACGUCAUCCCAUUUAUAGAGAAGAGGACAGCAUGUUAAGAGCUCCAUUCAUCUUGAUUUGCAAGUUUAAAACUACACUUCGUUCACAAAGCUCUAAAGUGGUUGUUCUAAUGUUGCCUUGUUUCAACUUAAUUCUAAUAUCUUUUAUCUUGUUUUAUAAUAAAUGGAUGUUCCUUCAUAAAUACAAAACAGAUUUUUUUCUUUUUGCCUCUGAGAAGUACAUGUUGUAAGCUUACUACAAAGUUUGUAUUUUGUUAGUGUAGUAUCUUCAAAUGUCUAAAGAAGCACCAGUAGUAUAAACAAGAUUUUCUUCCAAAAAUGAAAUAUAUUUGCAUUUUCGAUAAUGUUAAAGAUUAGCAAGUAUUUUUCCAUUUGUAGUCUUAAUUGGCAGAUAGAACUAUUACAUCAGAAUUUUAAAUGUAGAACUUGUUUUUCAGUAUCUUCAGUAGUGAAGUAUGUUGCAAUACUAAAAAGCUUGUGUUUAUAAAAUGCUUUAAUCAGGUUAAUGUUGCACAUACCGAAUUUUUAGUAGUAUAGACUUGACUUAUAGUUCAAACAAAGCUAAUGUAGAAAAUUAAGUAUGUACACGUGUAUGGUGUGAAUUCAUACUUAUUUAAAGUGUGGGUUUUGUUUUGUUUUUUUUUAAAUAUUUUCCAUUUGCAUUAGCAUGAUGCCAUCUAUAGUUAGUCCCACCGUAGGGGCCUUUUAAAAAUUAAAAUUGCAAGCCUGUAUCAAUGUGUUCAUCCUCAUUUUCCAUAAUUUAAACUUAAAUCUUUGGUGUUUAACAUGUCCUCUUGGCGCUUUUUUUUUUUUUUAGAUAGUGGUUAUGACAUACUAAAUGGUAAAAGUUGGAUAUGUGAAAAGAUCGAUCACAAUAGAAACCAAGGUGGUAAAAAUAGUUAAAACAAAAAGCAAGCCCCACCAUACUCUCUCAUACCUAGACAGUUAAUUUGAUGUUUUCUUUUGUCUGAUUUAUCUUCCAUAUGUUAUGACCAUGAAACAACUCAUAGGGUGAAUAGACUUGGCUAGCCUCUCACUUAAACUGAGGUAAUCUAGGUGGGAUUCAGAUAAUGUAACUAAUUACAUGAUAAGAAAUUAAUGAGGCAAGAAAUCUUUCUCUUUGGGGAAGAUGAUUUCUUCUGUCCUAGUACUUUGAAACCUCUGUUCUCUCUUCUGGAACUGGAGUUGCAUCUUACUUGGGCUAAACCCCCAGAAAUGGGAAUCCAAGCAGGGAAGUCUGGGAGCUGUUGUCCUCGGCUCUGUGUUUGUUCCCCUUUCUGAAUUUGCAGCAAAGUGUUUAGGGCUUCUUUUAGUUCUGCUCUUAGUGAUCAGAGAGAAGUUACUUUAUCAGAUAUUUUAUGUUUUAUCAUACAAGUUUUGUUCUGUCUGUGGAUUUUAUCCAUAUCCAUCCUUUAUGGAAGAUUAUUUGUGCAGUAUGCUUGUCCUUGAGAGAUUAUGUUGCAGUACAUUUACAGACUGUGGGCAUUGCACAUGUCUUUAAAUACAGACCGGAUUUUCCCCGUUUUUAACUUCAAGGCAAAUACACCUUAUCAUACAAGGGAAAAUGUGUCAGCUGUCCUUCAGGUUUUCUCAUCAAUAAUGAUUUAUUUUUGCCCAUCUACCUCCAUUUUGUUCAUGCUUCAGGUAAUGAGUAUUUCAGGUAUUCAAAUCAGGCUUCUAAUAUGUCUGAACUGGGAACUGAAGGACAGCUGCUCUUUGGCACCUCUUUCUGAAUAGGGUUUGGAAUAAUACUAGCCUCCUGUCUGGUAGGUGGCAAACUGACUUGCGUUUUAGGGGCGCUGCUAAUACUCUUUCAGCCUCAGUGCUUUUCCCCCAGAAAUUGCUUCCAGAGAGCUCCAGUGUAGAAGGCGAUGUCCCAUAUCUUGCUACUUGCCAACAGAAUGCUGGGUACUACUGAAAAGUUCUGUGCUGCCUAGUGUUUUAACUGUAAAAGGUCUCUCCCAAUCAUUCAUUUCUCUUCCAUCAACCUGAAUGUUCUGUUGAAACCUGUUUCUUCUGUCAUAACUUGCAUUGCUAUUUGUAUUAAUGUAGUUUCAGAAGUCAAGUUGUUUGUAGUUGAGCAUUAAAAAUAGUAUGUUACCUGUUGCUCCAGUUUGGGAUGUAGGAUUAAAGCAUUCAGGUGUUUUGGUUUUUAAAAAAAAAAAAAAAAAAGUGCUUUAAUGUUUCAGUGUCCUCAGUGGAUCACAGCAUUCAGUGCCUAAGAUGUUCAGGUGAAAGGCAUCUUUCCUGUGGCUACCCAGAUAAAACAGAGGACAAACUAGUUCCAGGUGUAUCUGAGAGGACUAGAUACCAGCUGGAAGUCCCAAAUGCAACAUGAGUAGCCUGUGCCAUGUGGGGAAGAAAAGAGGGGAGACUGAAAAAUUGUUCAAGCUUCUUUCUCCUUAUAACAAUCAUCUUAUUCACGUAAAAGCUGAGAACAGGAAGGAUUCCAUGUUGGUGUUUUGCUGUAAAAAGAGAAUAAUGUCUUCUCUUGGGAUUACAAGGAUGGAUGCUUGUCCUCAGGGAGGAAUGAGGUUGGUCUCCUUCCACAAAUGAGGUCUGUGUUCACCCAUAAUCUUGCUCUUUAGAAUAGAGUCAAAACAGUGGGGCAGGUGAAGAGUUAGUUGCUCUGAGGGGAGUGAAGUUUGUCUAUCAUUUGGCAGUGGUAUUACUAUACUUGUUAGAUUGAAAUUAAACCAUUAAGGUCUCUCAAUGCAGUUUUUUCUCUCUUUUGCAUAAGCCAUACAAGCAAAAUAGUGAAUAUUGCUGUGCACAUUCCCUGCUUGUAAGCAGCUGGCAUUCACACUGUAGUAUCUUCGUGUCUGUUCCACUGUUUGGAGUUUUUUGGUUUUUUGGGUUGUUUUUUUGGUUUUGGUUGUUUGGUUUUUUUAAGUUUAUUUUUUCUAAUUGAUCACCUUUCAUUGGAGGUAAACGAUAUAUUGAGGUGGAGAUCUGUUUGUCUUCUCUCAUGAUACUCUAACCCUUGUUUAUGUUUAUUUUUCCUUAUAUGCAAGAAGUGGGAAUAGUUGCUUUUUGACUUUCUGUACCACCACAACAAGAUAAGAGUGUAUCGCUAGGGUGCUAAAAGAUUUUAAAGAAACCAUUCAGGAAGUAUUUGGGUGUCCUGCUUUAUGAAAGGAAUGAUACAACUUAAUGUGGUGUCACUAAGUCUGUCUUUUAGUAAGGGAUAAUGUUUGGGGUAAGCUGGCUUGUAACUGGCUGAAACCCUCUUUGUUGUAAUUAAAUGCAACUUGCUCCUUU